AUGUUUUCAAGUUCGAUGUGGCCCUAUCUAAGGAAGUUAAAUCCUGAAGCCGUGGAAACCGAUUAUGGCCAUAUCACCGCAGUGUACAGUUUUGGUCAAUGCAUUAUGGCUCCCUCGUUUGGAUUUUGGAGCAAUCGAAUAGAGCAGGUUCGACUGCCGCUCCUUGCGGGUUUCACUUUUAUGAUGUUAGGUAAUUUUCUAUAUUUCCUACUGGAAUUUUUUGCUCGGACAAGUGUUGUUAACGUUAUGAUGGUGGCACGAUUCAUCGUUGGUUGCGGAUCAGGUACAGGCAGAACUUUUACUUCCUGA